CCGCUUGACCCAAAGUAAGCUACUCUGUGGCCGGAUCAAUCUAUACAGUCCAAGAAGAAGUGCUUUCUUCUCGUCAUCACUCUAGACUGAAGAACAUCAAAUCUAAGAACUCCACCAGCCAAAGAAAGCGUUGGGGAAUACUGAAACGAGGCGGCUCCCGAGAAUAAGAUCAAGAUGUGGGUAGCGCUGGUUUGCGGUUUGUUUCUCUGCCUUAUGGUGAAGCUCUUUUUCUACGAUGACGACACCCUCCGCGAUUCGGACGAUUCCCAUUUUAGUGCCCUCUUUACCGUCGCCAAAAGGCUGGAGAAGCUCUAUCGCGGAGGCAGAGUAUAUGUUGGCAUCCAGAUUCCAGAUCUUGAUUCUGCUUCUCGCCGGAAUGUUGAUCUUGUUCUCGUCACUAACGAGGAGGUAGUGGUGAUCUCUGUUAAGAAUGUUUCUGGUGUUGUGUCACUUGAUGAGGAUGGCAAUUGGAUUUGCACUGGAAAGCACCAUAAAACUGAAUGUAUUCAAAAUCCUGUUGCUGAAACCAAACAUUUAGUUUCCAUUCUUGAAGAAUAUCUUGAGCAAAGGGGAGUUGCUAUUCCAGAAGGAUAUUUGUCUUUUAAAGUGGUAUGCCCAAACCCAUUUUUCAGUCCAAUACAUUCAGACUCUUUUCCACCUGAGGUGAUCACUUAUGAUCAGUGGACAAGAUUAAAACCUGAGCAUAGCAAAUUGUCUUCUGGAUGGAUCAAAGGUAUACUUCAUGGAAGAAAAGAUAAAAUGCAGGAGUCGUUUCGUGAAAAACUCAACUCUGUCCUUGGCACUGCUCCAAUUUCUGAUCGGUUAGAGCUCAGAGGCAGCAAGUACGUAUUAGGAGAGUUCAUCGAAUUUAAAGGGAAACCUGAUGAUCUUCAGAAACUAAGAAAGAUCAAAAGAUCAAAAGUUAGUCACCUGAGUGUUCGGAAGAUAAGCAUGUUCGGUUUUGCUAAUUCAACCGUCCAAGUUUUGUAUGCUCCUCGUGAUUACCGUGCUGAAGAAUCUUUGGGGCCUUCUGAGUGGCAGGAAGUGACUGUUCGAUCAAGUACUGAGGUGGUUUUUCAACCACAAAAUUCUAUAAAGCACCACAAGUAUAAAUUGUCUUCAGUCGUAUCCAUGUCAUUAAGUGCCUGACUGUGAAGAGCUGCUUUGCAUGUGCACAAGGCACCAUACGGUGUGCGGGCAUAUCACCAUACUCUCUACUGGUUUGUAACCUAAGGUUAUUUUAUUUCCAUAAAUAUUAUGUCUGUGCUGCUAUUAAUUGCAUUUUGUCAUUUGGUGUAUGUGUUUGUCUUCUAAGAAAUAUCGAUGAGAGGGUAGUGUCACAAUACGGUUCUGAUACCAGUGCAUAGCCACUGAAUUCUUCCUUGUGGCCAUAAGGGGGAUGAUUCCUGCUAAUUCAUGAUGCAUAAGAGUUGUGAGUUUUACCGUUCCCACCCCUCUCUAUGUUCCUGGUGUUGGACAUUGGGCAAAGUAGCUGGAAUCAAUGAUGCAGUUGUGAAAUGUUUUAACUUGGUAAUGGGGAUUAAUGCUACUACGUAGAGAGGAGUAAUAGCAUUGUUGAUGUUUGCCGUCAGAACUGCGGUGAAGUCUGGUUAAUUUAUUUAUAUUAUAUAUUCUGGUAUUUGCGAUGUUA